AUGUACACAAUCUCCACACGGUUCCAGGUUGAAGCUCUCGCUGCUGAAUUCGAUGAAAUCUGGAAAAAGGAGCUCGCACGAAAGAAACCACACCCCAACCAUCAUCGUACCUCUUCGGAUGCUCCGGAUCAGGUUUUUGGUGAUGCGGGAGUGGGUAUUGAUGUAACAGAUACAUCAGAUACUCGAGAUAACAUUACCGCAUCCACGGUUCAAGUCGAUACAACUCCUUCGGAAUCUCGUCCGUCAUCUUGGAAGAAAUGGCUUCCAGAAAGUCCAUUUCCUGAUCCGGAUGAACCUAGUCUUGCUCGUGCUUUAUGGACUCAGUUUAUAAAGCGUUGUUGGUUUAUUGGAUUUUAUAAGUUUUUUGGUGACAUGGCCAAUAUCAGUACUCCUUUGUUGCUCGCACAAAUCGUAACGUUCGUUGAACAGAGUGCAAACUCACCAACACCACCACCUGUGCAUAUGGGAUUCAUUUAUUGUGCAAUCCUCUUCAUUUUCCAAGGAAUUUCGGCCUUAAUGCAAAACAGGUUUCAAGUCAAUAGUGCUGGAUGGGCGAUGGCUGUUAGAGCUACACUCACCUCGACCAUAUAUCGGAAAUCCCUUCGUCUCAGCGCAUUGGCUCGACAAGAAUACAAUGUGGGGAGGGUCACGAACAUGAUUUCAACCGAUUCCUCUCGUCUGGAGCAGUUCUCGAGUAAUUGCUAUGUCCUUGUAACCGCUCCGAUCAUGCUCAUGGGGAUAUUUGUGGUGCUGUUGAUUGAAUUGGGACCACCAGCAAUUGCAGGAUUUGUACUCCUCAUAUGUCUGACUCCCGUCCAAGAAAGGAUGUGGAAACGCCUGUCAGCUAUCAGAAAGCAAUCUGCCGGAAUUACCGAUCAACGCGUCCGAAAUACACAGGAGAUUUUGAGUGGUAUCCGCAUAAUCAAGUUCUUUGCGUGGGAAACACCAUUCCUUGAAAGGAUUAUGAGCUUGCGAAACUCUGAAAUGAAUCAAAUCAUUCGGGCUUCAAUCACACGAGCUGCACUGCAAUCGAUCGCUUUCUCAUUUCCAGUAAUCAGUGCUGCUGUUUCAUUCGUGAUUUAUGGAUUAACUGCUCCUCGAUUGGAUCCAGCCAAGAUCUUUGCUGCUGUAUCCCUAUUUUCCAUGAUGCGUUUCCCUCUUCAGUUUCUACCAUUGAUUAUUGCUGCUUGGGCAGACUCGGCUGUAGCCAUCACCCGUAUCACUGGCCUGCUACUAGCCGAUGAAAUUGAAAAUCAACCUGUCCGAGAUGACUCUGCUCCCAAUGCAGUUCACGUUGUCUCUGCUGACUUCAUCUGGGAAACAGAAGCACCAGAGCUAGCCAAGAAGCGUGCUGCUGAAAAGAAAGCGCUGACUACCACCAACCAUCCUGGACGUGGAAUUAGUCGACUGCUUGGAAACAAGCCUGAACCAAGUACCAAACCAGAUCCUGCUUCCACUAGUGUAGAUGGUAUGAAAUCUAGUAAAGGUGGUAAAUGGUGGCGACGCAAAGACGUAGUAUUUGAAUCUGCAGAGGGUCGACCUGAAUCACCCUUGAAACCGUCGCCGCUACCAGAAUUAGAACAAGAACAUUUCUCGUUACAUAAUAUCAAUCUCACCAUUCCACGUGGUCAGCUGGUUGUGGUCGUUGGUGCUGUCGGAAGUGGAAAAUCAUCACUCUUGAACGGCUUAGUUGGAGAAUGUAAACGUACUUCCGGUCCUGAUAUUGUAUUUGGCGGAAGUGUUGGAUAUGUUUCUCAGCAACCUUGGAUUCAGGCAAGCCUGAACGCCACGGUCAAGGAGAAUAUUCUAUUCGGUCAACCAUACAAUCGUGAACGUUACUAUCGAGCCUUACACUCUGCUGCAUUGGAAAAAGACAUUGCUGUCUUCCCUCAAGGCGAUCAAACGGAUAUUGGAGAGAAGGGCAUUACGCUCAGUGGUGGUCAAAAGGCCCGCGUUUCACUUGCUCGACUGGUCUACUACUUCCCAGACAUUGUCUUACUGGACGAUCCGAUCAGUGCGGUCGAUGCUCAUGUCGGUCGAUUCCUAUUCGAAAAGUGUAUAAUGGGAGCUUUGAAAGAUACCACUCGAAUUCUUGUGACACAUCAGCUCCACUUUCUUCAUCGAGCUGACUAUGUUAUUGUCAUGAAAAAAGGACGAAUUGCAGAACGGGGCAGCUUUUCAAUGUUGAUGGAGGCAAAUGGAGAGUUUGCUGACAUGAUGCGUUCCUAUGGUGGUGUUGAAGAUGAACUACCCGAUCCGUCUAUGGACGUGUCUGAUAUGUCUAAGCACCUCAUCGCUAAGGAUUACACCAAAAUAGCAGAAGAGACUCAAAAGCAGCUUCAUUUGGGGGAAAGAUAUGCCUUUGAAAGGAUUUCAAAACAAAUCAAACUAAAUACGCAGAAUUCGCCACUUGCUCUGAUGAGUGUGGAGGACCGUGCGGUUGGUAGUGUUUCUGGAGCGGUGUAUUGGUCUUAUGCUAAAGCUGCUGGUGGUGUGCCAUUCUUGGUUACGUUGUCAAUUAUUGUCCUAGUAACUCAAAUUGCUUCAGUUGGCAAUAACUUCUGGCUUACUGUUUGGACUCGAAACCAGAUCCCUGUUCUUGGGGACAAAGGUUAUAUUGGAAUCUACUUAACAUUUGGAGUCACUCAAUCCAUCAUGCUCUUCACAUUCAGUAGCUUCAUGGCUAUUAUUUGUAAUGUAGCGGCAAGGAAGCUCCACAUUGGAUCUAUUUCAAAGGUCAUGUUUGCUCCAACAAAUUUCUUCGAUACGACCCCCAUGGGUCGAAUUAUGAAUCGAUUCGCAAGAGAUCAAGAUCAGAUUGAUACCCAGUUGGUGGAUUCUCUACGUCAAUUCAUUACGACAUUUGCUUCUGCUAUAUCAACGUUUGCGUUGAUUCUAUAUGCUACACCGAUUUUUGGAUCUGUUCUAUUGCCCAUGCUAGUUAUAUACUGGUUUAUUCAGCAGGUGUAUCGUAAGACUGCUAGGGAGCUGAAACGAUUGGAUUCGAUUACAAGAAGCCCGUUGUAUGCUUAUAUUGGAGAAACGUUAACGGGUCUCAGCACAAUCCGAGCAUUCUCGCAAGAGGGAACGUUUGUCAAACACAAUGAUUCCCUUAUCGAUACCAACAACUGUCCGUAUUAUAUGACAAUUUCCGCUCAGUAUUGGCUGUCUAUCAGGCUGAACAUGAUGGGCAACGUAAUGGUGUUUUUUGCAGCGAUGUUUGGAAUCCUGGACAGAUUCACCGUAUCAGCUGCUAUCAUUGGGCUGGCUCUCUCCUAUGCCCAACAAGUAACUCAGACAUUGUCUAUGUGUGUGCAGCAGUUUGUAAAUUGUGAAAUCCAAAUGAACUCGGUUGAACGAGUUUACUAUUAUGCCCAUUAUUUGGAGCAAGAAGCGGCACCGAUAAAUCCAGAUCAUCGACCACCCCAGAACUGGCCAAAGGCUGGCACGAUUGUCAUCAAGGAUUUGCAGAUGAAGUAUAGCGAGAAUGGACCACUCAUUCUGAAGAAUAUAUCUUUGGACAUUAAAGAUGGAGAGAAGAUUGGAAUUGUUGGACGAACAGGCAGUGGAAAGUCCAGUUUGGCGCAGGCUCUUUUCCGAAUGGUAGAACCUGCUUCUGGCAGUAGUAUCGUAGUCGAUGGAGAAGAUAUAAUGACCAUGGGACUGAAAGACUUGAGACGUGGCAUAACAAUGAUACCACAAGAUCCCAUUUUGUUUUCGGGGACCAUUAGGUACAAUCUCGAUCCAUUCAACGAGCACUCUGACAAUGCUCUAUGGGAGGCGCUGGAUCGUGCCUCUCUCAAGCCUAAAAUUGCUGAAAUGGAUGGCAAACUGGAUGGAGCUGUAACCGAAGGUGGUGAAAACCUUUCUGUUGGGCAACGUCAGCUUCUGUGUUUGGCUCGAGCUAUGCUUCGACGUCCAAAGAUCCUGGUUCUGGAUGAGGUCACUUCUAAUAUUGACUACGAAACUGAUGCUACUGUUCAACGCGUAUUGCGAGAGGAUUUCGCCAAUACGACCAUUUUGACUAUUGCACAUCGUUUGAACACCAUAAUUGACUAUGACCGUGUCAUGUUAUUGGACUUUGGCAAUGUCAAAGAAUUCGAUUCGCCCGCUGCCCUUCUUUCCAUUGAAGGAUCUGCUUUUGGUGCUCUAGUAGAUGAGACUGGAGAACACAAUUCGAAAUUACUACGAGCUGUUGCCAUGCAGCCGCCAGCUGAUCGACGUAGGAGUGUUGUUGAGACAAUACUUCCAAAUGUUGGUAUUGUAGAGUAA